GUUGUCAUAGAUACUAAACAUACGCAUAAUUUUAUUAACAACUACGGUGUCAACAGUAAUAAUACGCCUAUUUCUUCGAAUGUACUGAAUUAAACUUUUAUACAAUUUGAACGCAAAAGUGGUAAUUUAAUGCAUUCUAAACAUAACCUCACAUAAUCUAAAAGAAACCGAUUAAUAAGAUUCUUUAAAAUAUCAAUUCGUGAAUAAAUUUAAUUAAAAUAUGUCCGUGGACCACAAUGAAAAGUAUAUUUUUGAGGCUGAGUGGUACGACAAAAUAGCCAGCAUUUUGAAGAAGUUCUAUUUAUAUUAUUAUCCGUAUGACAAUACGGUCGAAUUAUUUGAUAUAAAAGCCAGAAAAACUUUUCUAAGGAGGACAAAAUGCGAAGGGAUAGAAGCAAAAGAUUUUUACGUAGGCGCUGUCGUAACGAUAUUUUCGCGGAAUAUUAUGAUAGUGGAUUACGCGGAUUGCAUUACGCGGACGAAAUUGCAAACGAAAAUACAAAAGACAUUCGCAAUUGUAAAAACAGAUGUUCUUGAUAAAUUGGGCGAAAUACUAAAACGAAUAAUUUCUUGCAAUUUUCACAUUGCAAACAUCAAGAUGGUUAAGCUGACUCAAGAUCAGGCAACAAAAUUUUGCCAAGACAUGGGUGACUCCACCAACAUAACGUAUAUUGUAAAUCAUCUUACUUCCGGUCCUAUUGUAGCUUUAACAUUAUUGGGUGAUCAUGCACUUACACGUUGGCUGGGGGUAAUAGGGCCAGAAGAUAGCGAAGAAGCCCGUGCAAAAGAUCCAUCUACGAUCAGAGCAUGUUAUGGUAAAGACAGUGUUCAUAAUGCGGUACAUGGUUCGGUCAAUGAAGAAGCAGCAGAAAGGGAACUACAGUCUUUCUUUCCUGAUUUAAAAAGCAAGCAAAAGGGUCCUGCAAAUACAGCUACAUUAGAAAAUUGUACUUGCUGUAUCAUUAAACCACAUGCUGUUCAAGCAAAAUUAAUUGGAGAUAUUAUCUAUGAUAUUCAAAAAGCCGGUUACGUCAUAUCCGCUGUGCAACAAUUUAAUGUCAAUCCAUUCGACGCGGAAGAAUUUUUAGAAGUUUACAAAGGCGUACUUCCUGAUUAUGGGGCGAUGGUAGGAGAAUUGCAGUCAGGUGCAUGCAUUGUUAUGGAAUUGAAACACGAGGAUAAAAAUUUUGACGUUCAAGGGGAAUUUAGAAAACUCUGCGGCCCCAUGGAUCCGGAUAUCGCACGGCAAAUAAGACCAGACACUCUUCGAGCAAAGUAUGGAAAAACCAAAGUUCAAAAUGCCAUACAUUGUUCCGAUUUGCCAGAAGAUGGAACUCUAGAGGUGGAAUAUUUCUUCAAGAUCCUCGACAGUCACUAGUCGAAUAAAUUUUGUACGAAAUUAUUUUCCGAACGUACUAAGUAACCAAAGAUACAACUGUUUUUUUACUUUUUUAUAAUAAAGAAUGCUUC